UAUAAAUAAUUUUGAGAUUAUAAACGUCGCAGAUAUUUCAUUUAAGAAACCAUAAACAGAGGACGCUUUUACUGAGAUUAUUUAAUACUCUAACGUCAGUACAAAUGUCAAUAGUACUGUAAAUUUUAGGAAAUAGUGUCUUAUGUAAGAUUUUCUUUAAAAAUGUAUAUAGAUAGAUAACAUAAAUUAAAAGAAAAAAAAAAACUAAAAAGACAAUGAACAAGAAUAUGAACUCACCGUCAAAGUUGACGGAAUUUGCACCGUUGAGUCCAGAAGAAAGUCAACCUGUUGUUGCUUCACUUUUUUCUAAAUUCUUCAAUUUUAACAAAAGUCCUCAAAAUGUUGAUGGCUCCAUCAUCUUUCCUAAUAAUGAUGAACAAAGUUCUUCUGAUUCUGAUUCCUGGAAACAAUCGGAGAGUGCAGAAAAGACACCGGAAGAAGAUACUUCUAGUAUAAUUAAUUUCCCAUUAGACACACAUGAAGGUCGUAGCUUACCAAGCGUUUUGAAACGUAUAAGAAAUAUUGUAGCUUCCAAGAGCAGCAAUCUGAGAUCAUAUAAAGAUUCUGAACUUAGGAGUUACUGGAUGCCAGAUAGCGUAAGCAAACAAUGUUAUGAAUGCGGUGAAAGAUUCACUACUUUUCGUAGAAGACAUCACUGUCGUGUUUGUGGUCAAAUAUUUUGUUCAAAAUGUUGCUCCGAUCAAAUUCCAGGAAAAAUAAUGGGAUGUACUGGUGAUCUUAGAGUAUGUACAUAUUGUUGCAAAGUGGUUUUGUCGUACUUGCAAUCAUCCGACAUGAGAAGCGAUUUAUCAGCAGAUCUCAAAGCAUUGCAGGAAGAUCUUCAAGUAAAAUAUGGUAACGAUUCUCCACCUUUAACACAGAAAAACUUAUCUGAAUGUACAGAAGGUGAAACUUCCAUUUGUAGAAAACCAAGCGUUGGUUACAUGGAAGAAAAAUAUGCUGUUGGACGAUCGGCGAAUAGUUAUUUAACACCACAAGAAUGUUCACUUGCUUUACAAAAUUCAGCAUCGCUAAGAGUAAUUUAUGAAGAAUUAUUCAGAUCAUGUCAAGCAAUUUUAUUACAAACGCACAGAAUUCGUUUGAAAAGUUAUCAUAAUUGCUUCAUAGCAAGUGAAUUAGUAAAUUGGAUGAUAGCACAGAAUAAAGCAGCAAAUAGGGUGCAAGCUACUGCUAUAGGUCAAGCAUUACUUGAAGCAGGUUUUAUAGAACCUAUUACUUCUGAGAAUGUUUUCAGUGAUACAGCAGCUAUAUUUAAACCAGUCCAAUUAUCUCAAAUGCAAAGUACAGAUUUAUUAACAGAACAUCAAACCACUUGUGAUGCACAGGAACCUGCAUGGGUAAAAACUAUUUCUCAACAUGAUUCAACUACAGAUUCUGAAAGCGAGUCGAAACCAUCAAAUUUAGUUCAACAACCUAGUGGUCGCUUGCCAUCCUCAAGUUCGAGUUUUUAUUUAGAUUUAAAUGUAGAAGCAUCCACUGUCACAUUGAAAAGACCAACGUCUGAGGAUUUAACAACAAUUUCUAUAGACAGUAACGAUGGAGUUAUAGAACAGAAAGAAGUAAACCUAAAAUCUCAUGAAUGUAAUUUUAAAGUAUCCGAUGAUCUUUUAAGUGACACGUUUCAAGUACAAGAAAUUAAAGAAAAAAGUGGUUGGCAUAAAGUAUCUAAUCUUCGAUCUACGUUUGGAGAGAUGAGUGCCUAUAACUGUUUAACAUCUGCGUACAAGCAACAUGAAGAUUCAUUGAUUAAACAACUUCUUAAUAAAGAAGGUUUAUCUCAAAUUUGGUCUGAAGUUAUAUUAAAUAUUGCACAUCAAAUAGUGGAUCACGUUAGGCCUGAUCUAAAUCACAAUGCUGAUGAUUUAGACAUUCGACAUUAUGUACAAAUAAAAAAGUGUACCGGAGGUAAUAAGGAUGAAUGUGAAAUAGUAUCAGGAGUAGUUUGUACCAAAAAUGUAGCUCAUCGUGGAAUGAACGCAAUGAUUGCUCAUCCGAAAAUUUUAUUAUUACAAUGUGGACUAAUGUACCAACGUGUAGAAGGCAAAUUAUUAAGUUUGGAACCUGUGAUGAUGCAGGAGAACGAAUAUUUGGGUCAUACUGUAGCUAGAAUCACAGCUCUUGGACCUGAUAUAGUUCUUGUUCAUCGAUCUGUUUCUAGACUAGCGCAAGAUAGAUUCAGAGAAUGUGGCGUUACUCUUAUUUUAAAUGUUAAAUUAAGCGUACUGGAACGGAUAGCCAGAUGCACAGGUGCAAAUAUUGUAAAUACUGUUGAUGCUCAUAUUAGUGCUCGUUACAUGCUUGGUACAUGUAAAAAGUUUUAUUUACGUAAUUUUCCUAACGAUAAAAAUGGGAUAAAAACAUUGAUGUAUUUUGAGGGUUGUGCAAAUGCACAUUUGGGAACUACUAUCUUACUACGAGGUGGAUCUUUACCAGAAUUAAAGAAGGUCAAAAAUGUUACAUCUACGAUGAUAUUCGCUGCAUAUUCCUGGCGUCUAGAAAAAUCUUUUCUCAUGGAUGAAUUUGCAAGACCACUUUCUCCAAAAGACAAUUCUUUCUUAGAUGAAACAACCAAGAAAAAUAAUUCAGAUAGCAAAAAUAAUGAACAAUUAUUAAUUACCAAAGGAAAAGAUGACGUUGAAACUUUGCCAAAUAUUGAAAAUAACGAAGGCAUGGAUACCAAAGAGAAUAUAAAGUUAUUACAAAUUUAUGAUACCGGAAAUAUUUCUAGCAAUGAGCGGGGUAUAGAUAAAACAUAUCCAAUUAAUCGUAACACGUUUAUGAAAGAUGAAGAUAUGGAAAACCCCAGUGGAAAUGAUCAUUUAUUAAACUCUGCUGCCCUUAAACAGAUAUCUUCUAUGUUGAACGAAGACUGUGAUCCUUAUGACACUUUGAAAUUAUUUAAAACAAAAACCAGAUCCAAUACCAAUGAUUCAAAAGAUUUCGAACAAUCUUCUAAAGACAUAACUCAAUGUUAUAGCAACUCGAAUGUUCCUUUGAGUACUCUUAAAGGUAAUACAGAUAUACAAAAUAUUUCAUUUAAUUCUGGAAAUAAUCUAGAAAUAAAAUCAGGAGAACAAAGUAACGUAUCAAGAUGUGUUGAAGAAAAACGUAUUUAUGGUGAAUCUAUCAGUGAUCAUAGUGACCCGCUGCAUCAAUAUUUAAACGAAGACGAAGAAGAUGUCUUUCAUCAAAUUAGUCCAAAUGGACAAUACCUGAGUGUUGCUGACUUACCAUUAUUAAAUAAGUUUAAAAAAGCUUUAGAAGGUACAGUUCUCAGUGUUUCGCCUUAUUUAAAAUUUUCAGUACCUUAUUUAGAGACCGAACCUGGACGGAAUUGUGUUUUAAGAAGUUUCUUUCCAAGAGAAAUUUUUUAUUCCGAACAAUUCUUAGAUAAAACGAAGGAAGCAAGAAUUAGUAACGUUUCUGUGGAACAAAAUUUAUCUGAUAAACCUCUGUUGAAUUUAAAACUUAAACCUAGACAUCCAUUCAUAGAAGCAAAAUUAACAACAGAUGUUGAAAGCAAAGAAGUACAGGCACUUUUAGCCCAUUUCAGAGCUUGCGGAAAUCGAUUGAAUCCAACGAAUAAUGUUCUGGUAGAAAAGCAACAACAAAACGUACAAGUAGAGACUACUGAACCAAAAUCUAUCUGGCCAGACUGUUUGGAUCCUGUUAAUCAUCAACGUUUGUCUGUAUUAUUCUGUAGCUUGUCACAUAUCGGUAAUGAUACUCCAUCUUUUUGUGUAUAUCCUUGGACUGUUAACAUGGAUCUAUAUGGACGGAAUGAUAUAGCAUUGGGAUGUUUUCUAGAACGUUAUUGUUUAACAUCAGAAUACAAAUGUCGUGCAAAAACUUGUCGUGCACAAAUUGCACAACAUGUCAGACGAUUUGUUCACGAUGGUGGCUGUGUAAGAAUUAGCUUAAGGGAAAUAAAUUCUGAACCUUUCGGUCAAGAAAAUAGUAAUCAAAUUCUUAUGUGGAGCAAAUGUAUAAAAUGUAAAAGUGUUUCACCGGUCGUACCAAUGUCAGAUGAUACUUGGUCUCUAUCUUUUGCUAAAUACCUCGAAUUAAAAUUUCAUGGUAGUUCGUACAUGAGAAGGGGUGCUGACAAUUGUCAACAUUCUCUUCAUCAUGAUCAUUAUCAAUAUUUCACGAGGAAAAAUAUGUUGGCCGUAUUCAAGUACACUAAGAUUUCUCAAUGGGAGAUAUCUUUACCACCACCAGUUAUAAACAUUAUUUAUGAUCCAAAGCAGCAUGCUAAUGUUAUCGAAGAGAUGAAAAGUAUGGCUUUAAAAGGGGAUGACGUUUUUUCGUGUAUAAGAGAAAAAUUAAAUUCGUUGCAAAUAGACGCUGAAAAUAUAAAUGCUGCUAAACAACAGAUGAUGAAAGAUCAACAAUAUUUCAAAAAUAAAAUAGAGGAAAUACAAUUGAAAUUAACUUCUCCGACUUUAGAAAAUAAAAAACUUGAAGGGAAGAUUUCGGAAAAACAGGUACAAAUUCUUAUGUAUAGAAUCGAAGAUGGUAUCGUCAUAUUAAAAAGAUUGAUUUCCGAAGCUGUGUCUACCUGGAACGCAAGAAUUUUAGAGAUCUCAACUAAAAAGAAAGAUGAACGAACAAAAAAGUUCAUCGAACGAUCUAUGACAACUGGUAGCAGUGGUAUGAUAGAUACUGAUGGAUAUAUAACAGAGGACACUGCAUCAGAAUCACAAUUGGAGGAUAUGAGUCCUAUGUCGGCUGAUUAUAAUGCAGUAGAUGCAAUUGCAAUCGCACAAAAUGAUUUGCAGAGUAUAGACAUCAUGGAAAAUUCGGAUAACGAAAUUCCAGAGAUUAAUAAUCCUGAAGAUAUCAUUACUGUGCAGGGAUCACCCAAAAUGCAUCAGAGAUCUUAUUCGGAUGUCUUACCUUUGACAUCGGAAGACAUGCCUGAUAAAAAGAAAAAGAAGAAGACGAUCUUGUCUCAAUUAUUACCUUCUGUUUCCGUAACUCAACCAAUAGCUAAUCCAUUAGGACCACUGGAACAUACUUUACUUCCACUUGGAUCUGUUGUACCAGUAGUUGUCUACGAAUCAGAGUUAUCUUCUAUAAUAGCCUAUGCAUUGGAUUCUCAUGAUUACAAACAUUCUCUGCAAGAAUUACUUCGUACAACAAAAGGUCCAGAAUUAAAUUCCAGUCCAUUAAACAAACGUAAAUUUUCUGAGAACAAGGAAAAUACAUUAGAAUUAACACAAUCAGGAGAUUUCAAGAGACCAUCGGUAUUAUCUUUCUUAAGAGGAAACAGUCCAAAUCCUACUAGUCCAAUAGAAUCCGAUAAAAAUGUUUCAAGCGUGGAAUCAAUAGUACAAAAUUGUAAUGUUUCGACGGAAACAGACGAGGACAAGAAACAAGUGAAACAGCAAAAUUUCAUCGAAGUUCAGUUCAAUGAUACAACGACUAAUUUUUAUUGUAGGAUAUACUUUCCGGCUCAAUUUUCUGCUUUAAGAAAGAACGUUUUACCUUGUGGAGAAGAUGGAUAUACUAGAAGUUUGAGUAGGACUGUUCAAUGGGCAGCUAGGGGUGGAAAAAGUGGGAGUGCUUUUUGUAAAAGUAGAGACGAUCGAUUUAUCAUAAAGGAAAUGUCCAAACUAGAGAUGCAAAUAUUUCGAAGAUUUGCACCGAAUUAUUUUGCUUAUAUGGAGAAGUGUCAGCAAAUGAAACAACCGACGUUAUUAGGAAAGAUAGUCGGUGUUUAUAGAGUAUCCUUCAAAAAUGAUACGACUAACAAUGGAAUAAGAACGAGUGUUUUGGUAAUGGAGAAUUUAUUUUAUAAUCGAGAAAUCACAGACAAGUUUGAUUUGAAGGGAUCUAUAAGGAAUCGACUGGCAAAUCCAGAUGAUACAGACCACGAAGGGGAAUUAGUUUUGUUAGAUGAAAAUUUAUUGAAUAUGAGCUGCGACUCACCUUUAUAUAUCAGAUCUCAUUCCAAGGCUGUGUUAAAUAAAGCGAUUGAAAGCGACACCAAAUUUUUAGCAGACAAUUCUGUUAUGGAUUAUUCGUUAUUAGUAGGAUUGGAACCGAGUUCAGGUGAACUUGUUUUAGGUAUAAUAGGUAUGUGUAUUAUUUUUCUUAUUGCGCAUAAGCAUAAUAUAUACAUACGUACAUACAUACAUACACAUACAAGUUUGACAUAUUUUAUUAAAAAUGUUUCUAAUUAUUGCUAUUCUGCAUCAGAUUAUAUAAGGACGUUCACAUGGGAUAAAAAAUUAGAAACAAUGGUGAAGAAAUCCGGCAUAUUAGGUGGGCAAGGAAAAUUACCAACCAUAAUCUCGCCGGAGGAAUACCGAGCUAGAUUUAUAGCAGCGAUGCAUCGUUAUUUUCUACCAGUACCAGAUAGAUGGUCUGAUCUAGGCAGAGGUGUUGAAACAAUCUGAUGAAAGAUAUAGAGCAAAAAUCAGAAUGAAAAUUAUCAAUUUUCAAUAUUGUCAUCGUAUAUAUCCAUUGUAUAUACAUUUUCUACAUAAAACGGAUACAUAUA